CAGUUCAUUUUGAGCUUUCCUUGUUGAAAGACGAAAAUUAGAGAGGCCACUCUCCGAUCGCACGAGUUGCCCAUUAAGUUGUUCUUCUUUCUUUCUUUUUUUGGUUGAUUUUUUUAUUGUUGGUUUUUGGCUCGCGAAUUUCGUGUUUUCAGACAGUUUUUUUCUCUUCGCUUUUAAAAAUGAUUUUUGGAUGGACAGUUGGUUAAAUUAAAAAAAAGUUUAAUAAAAUCUCUCAAUUUGUGCAUAAACUUUUUAAUUUUUUCUUUUGUGUGACUAACUCUGUGCCAAAAGAAGAAGGAAUUUAAAAAAAAAGAAUCCUUCCAAAUGGACAACUAAAAGUGCGAAAAAUUAUUGUUUUUUUGUUGUUGAGAAAAGAUAAUAAAAGUGAAUGAUUAAUGGGAUUAUCUAUGUACCAAGUAAUUGGUAAAAGAAGAAGGAAGAAAAAUCAACGAGCUCAAGGAGUUGGAGGAGCUUUUUAGAGCUAUAUAUGGAGUGUGUGCCAAAGAGGUGAUUUGUUGGUGCUUUUAAACAUACGUAUGUACAUUCUUGUGCAUUUGGCUUCACCUCCCGCGCGUCAAACGCAAUCCAUCAUCGUUUAAAAUCAAUGUUGCAGUUCUAGAUGCGAAGGGGCAAGAAGAAAAAAUUAAAGAACACAAAAAAAUCCACCAACAGACUCUCCAAGACGAAGAGAAUUCUCCGUGCAUGUGUUGUGUGUGAAAAAAUAAUUUGAGACAGCGCGCACAAAUGUGACAGAGAGAAUUAACACAACGCCUGUACCCUCAACCGGUUUCUCCAUCAUCAUCAUCAUCCACAAGAACGACAGAAUCUUUUGCGCGCAAGACAGUCAAAAAGCGAAGAAACCCUCAACAGGGCCUUGCUGUUGCGGUGCUGAGAGUGAGUGAGAGAGGCACGUAGGUGAGGAGGAGAGCUGAAGUUGUUGGUAGGAGUGCGCGCGCCAAAGAAGCCAUCGACGGAUAAGACAAAGUUCGUGAUUGUAAGCGCGCUGCGGCGGCGGCUCAACGGAUUGUUGUAGUUAUGGCUCGUCAGCCAGCCAAGUCGGCGGGUGCACUGCUACUGGCGACGCUGGCCACACUUGUACGUCUCACCGUAGCGUCGUCGGACUACUUUAGCGUCUCCGUGGAUACGGGUGGUGAUGGGAAUCGCGUGAAUUUACCAAAAUUCGGUGAUCGCAUCUCACCGCGGCAUCGGUAUAGUGGUGAAGAACGGACUAGUAGUGCUGCUGUGCGCGCAAAUGUGACGCACUUGCAUCGGCUCACGGCGAACGACAUCAUUGGGCGGAAGAGUGAUGAGUUUACCAAUGAAAUUGAUCCCCCUAUUUUUGCGGAUAGUCAAAUUGAGAGUAAUGUCUCAUCAGCACAGGCGCAUCGUUUGGAGAUGUCCACGGAGUUCUUUGUGGUACCCCCAACGGUGGCAACGAUGAAGCCACCGAGCAUACGGGGGGUGCCAACAUCCCUUGCGGGGAUGAUUGUAACGGCGAGGACAACAGCUGAGGCAGCUGGGAAUGCCACACCACCAACAAUUGUACCCACACACACGAUCGGAUUGCGCAAGGAGGGUUGGGUGGUGCCUGUGCUAAUCCUCAGCAUCAUCACGAUGAUCACAAUGGUGGGAUUUGAGGUGUUUGUGUUGUGCAAAGUGUGGAGAACUUCACCAAGUAGGAGGCAUCUCUUCCUCGGCCAGAUGCUCCUUUUGGGACUCUUUGCAUGCGCUGGCAUUGCUGCCAUUGUCACAUCACGUCCCACAGUGGUAUCGUGUGCGAUUAUUCGUUUUGGCUCUGGUGUGGCCUUUGCCCUUGUCUUUGCCUCCCUCCUCGUGAAAUGUGUUUUCCUCAUCAGCAUCAAUGGGGGUGUGUACCUCCCAUACCCUUAUCAGGGGCUCCUCCUGCUCUUUGCCGUCCUCAUUCAAGUGGCCGUCAGUGCACAGUGGCUGCUCACAUCACCACCCGAAGUGAUUGCCUCACCCACAACACGCUACACCAUUCUCCUGGCAUCCAACACAUCACCCAUCCAGCAGUCAGUUCAUCUGUGUCACACCCCCUUCUCGGAGCACCUUCUCAGUCUCAUCUACGUUGUCUUCCUCAUACUCUUCGUGGCUGUGCUGGCCAUCAAAUCACGGGGGAUUCGUGACAAUUAUCGCGAAGCAACGUACAUUGGGCUGUCAAUUGGGGGAUGCAUCCCCAUCUGGCUGGGAUGGACACUGUGUGGCCUUGCAGUGGCUGAGAGGCAUCGCGAUGCAUGCCUGGCAUUUGGUUUGAUCGCCACAUCGGCCACAGUCUUCCUCGUGAUGUUUAUGCCAAAGGGCCGACAAUUGGCAGCCAUGGGCAAGGAGGGGCUCUACCUGGAGGAUCGUGAGGAACGCUGCAGCUCACUCAGUCGCACAGCAUCGGGGUAUUCGCCAUCAUUCUUCCACUUUAAGCCCAUCAAGUAUGGCGUGAUGGGGAAUAAUAAUUCAGGGAAUAGCACGGCAGCAGCCGAGGGUGGACGCACCGGUGGUGGAAGUAACCAAAAUACAAAGCAUCAAGUCAUUGCAACGCUAGGAGGAGGUGGUGCUGAUAUGAAUUAUCGCAUGUAUGAUUACUUUCGUGCACAUUUGACUUACCCCCUUUGCUACUAUCUCCCCAUCGCAACACAAAUUCCACCACAAUUUCUUCCACUUCACCAAUUAAAUCACCACCACAGUUGGUAUCCAGGUGCAGGUCUGUUUAUGCGACCAGACGACGCAAAUGUGUACACGACGCUGGAACAGACCCUCAGUAGCAAUCCAAAUGUCUAUUUCCAAAGAAGUGGAGGAGUUCAUCCGGGGAUGAUGUAUUAAUUAUGUUUACUUUUAGACAACAACAAAAGAAUCUCCUCGAAUCUCAAAUUCUUUGGGCAAAAAAAAACAAUCAAAUUUCCCUUUUUUUUGUGAUGAAGAAAACCUUCCACCUUCUUCUUCUUCUUUUUCUUCUUAGGAUGUAUAAAACAAAUCAAAUUUUUUUUAAUGUGACUGAUGCUAUUCAUUUUGUUGUGCUGCUGCUUAUGUGAGAGAACAAAACAGAAUAGAACGAUGCGUGCGAUUAGUUAUUUUUUUUAAUGAAGAAAUGAAAAAAAAAGUAAAGAAAAGUUAAUGAAUGCUCCCCCCUUUAAUUCUUAAUUAUUAAGUUUAAUUUUUGUGAGAUUGAUACACGAAAUGUGUGUUAAUGUUUUUUUCUUCUAAAGAAAAUUACAACCUUUUUUUACGCCUCAGUGUAUAAAAAAUUAAAAAAUAAAUAAAAAGAAAAUGAUGAAAGAAAUUGAAAAA